AUACCGAAAAUAUCAUCAAUAAAAUAUUACGCUGUUGCUAAAGGAAGAAAAACUGGAAUUUUUCUAUCAUGGAAAGAAUGUGAAGAAUAUGUAAAAGGAUGCCCUGGAGCUUUGUAUAAAUCAUUUUAUACAAAGAUCGAGGCUCAAGAUUUUAUAGAUCAACAAAAUAUCAAAGUUAAAGACAAAUUAAAUAUUUGGACUGAUGAAUUCUGUAAAAAAAAUAGAUUAUCAGAUGCUAUUGGAGGUAUUGGAGUAUUUUUUAAAGAUAAAGAUCCGAGAAACUUGUCUGAACGACUUCUAGGUGAACAACAAACUAACAAUCAUGCAGAAAUAUAUGCAGCAAUCAGAGCUCUCGAAAUAUGUGACAAAAAUGAAAAUUUAAUAAUUAAUACUGAUAGUUUCUAUGUUAUUAAUUCUCAUAAUGUUAAAAAACCCAAAAAAAUUUUUGAUUUAGUUAAUAGAUUUAACGAUUUAAUCAAAGAGCGUUCAAAAAAAAAAUUUACUAGAUUAGAAAUACCAACAUCCAAAAGAUUAAUCGAUCAUUAUUUUAUCAAGAAAUCAGUUGAUAACUCAGAAAACUCAUGUGAUUCUUAUAUUGAUGAAUUUAUUCGUAUAUUACAAAUCUUAGAGGUAGAUAAAGACGAAG